CGGACUCGGCCGCACUCGGUAUCUUGCAGUCUACUCACUACAUAGAGAAGAUGUCUGGACGCGGUAAAGGAGGGAAAGGUCUCGGUAAGGGCGGAGCCAAGCGGCACAGGAAGGUGCUCCGGGAUAACAUCCAGGGCAUCACCAAGCCUGCCAUCCGCCGUCUAGCUCGCAGGGGAGGUGUGAAGCGCAUCUCCGGCCUCAUCUAUGAAGAGACUCGCGGUGUCCUGAAAGUCUUUCUGGAGAACGUCAUCCGUGACGCCGUCACCUACACCGAGCACGCCAAGAGGAAGACCGUCACCGCUAUGGACGUGGUGUACGCCCUCAAGCGCCAGGGCCGUCGUUCUCCAUCACUUCUCCGCUGUGUACGUGUACAGAGGAUCAUGGCCAGGACCAAGCAGACCGCGCGUAAAUCCACCGGAGGGAAAGCUCCCCGCAAGCAGCUGGCUACUAAGGCCGCCAGGAAGAGCGCUCCCGCCACUGGUGGGGUGAAGAAGCCUCACCGCUACCGUCCAGGUACAGUGGCUCUCCGUGAGAUCCGCCGCUACCAGAAGUCCACCGAGCUGCUGAUCCGGAAGCUCCCCUUCCAGCGCCUGGUAAGAGAGAUCGCCCAGGACUUCAAGACUGAUCUUCGCUUCCAAAGCUCGGCGGUCAUGGCCCUGCAGGAGGCCAGCGAGGCUUACCUGGUGGGACUCUUUGAGGACACCAAUCUAUGCGCCAUCCACAAGAUGUCUGGACGCGGUAAAGGAGGGAAAGGUCUCGGUAAGGGCGGAGCCAAGCGGCACAGGAAGGUGCUCCGGGAUAACAUCCAGGGCAUCACCAAGCCUGCAAUCCGCCUUCUAGCUCGCAGGGGAGGUGUGAAGCGCAUCUCCGGCCUCAUCUAUGAAGAGACUCGCGGUGUCCUGAAAGUCUCCCUGGAGAACGUCAUCCGUGACGCCGUCACCUACACCGAGCACGCCAAGAGGAAGACCGUCACCGCUAUGGACGUGGUGUACGCCCUCAAGCGCCAGGGCCGCACUCUCUACGGCUUCGGAGGUUAA